AUGUGGGGGGGGGGGGGGGGCUCCUGCGGGGGGCCAGGCUCCGGGGCCUGCGGCGGCGGGGCAGCGGCCUCGGCCUCCUCCUCCUCCUCGGCCUCCUCCCCCGGGGGCGGCGGCGGGGGCGGCGGGGGCCUGUCGAUGUUCCGGUGGCUGGAGGUGCUGGAGAAGGAGUUCGACAAGGCCUUCGUGGACGUGGACCUGCUGCUGGGCGAGAUCGACCCGGACCAGGCGGACAUCACCUACGAGGGCAGGCAGAAGAUGACCAGCCUCAGCUCCUGCUUCGCCCAGCUCUGCCACAAGGCCCAGACCGUCUCCCAGAUCAACCACAAGCUCGAGGCCCAGCUAGUGGAUCUGAAAUCUGAACUGACUGAAACACGGGCUGAAAAAGCAGUAUUAGAAAAAGAGGUGCAUGACCAGCUACUACAGCUUCAUGCUAUUCAGCUUCAGCUCCAUGCCAAAACUGGACAGAAUGUUGACUCAGGUGCAAUAAAGGCAAAACUGUCUGUCCCUUCUGUGGAGGACAUGGAGAGAGAACUUGAAGCCAACAAAAAAGAAAAAGUGAAAGAAGCUCAGCUUGAAGCCGAGGUGAAGCUGCUUAGAAAAGAAAAUGAGGCACUUCGUCGACAUAUAGCUGUGCUCCAGGCUGAAGUAUAUGGAGCAAGACUCGCGGCCAAAUAUUUGGAUAAAGAAUUGGCAGGAAGAGUUCAGCAAAUUCAGUUAUUAGGAAGAGAUAUGAAAGGACCUGCUCAUGAUAAACUCUGGAACCAGCUAGAAGCUGAAAUCCAUCUACACCGGCACAAAACUGUGAUCAGGGCAUGUCGUGGUCGCAAUGACUUAAAGCGACCCAUGCAAGCACCUCCAGGGCAUAAUCCAGAUUCAUUAAAGAAGAGUCAAGGUGUUGGCCCAAUCAGAAAAGUUCUAUUGGUUAAAGAAGAGCAUGAAGGACUUGGCAUUUCAAUUACCGGUGGAAAGGAGCAUGGCGUUCCCAUCCUUAUCUCUGAAAUUCAUCCUGGUCAGCCUGCUGAUCGAUGUGGAGGUCUGCAUGUUGGAGAUGCUAUUCUAGCUGUAAAUGGAGUUAAUCUGAGAGAUGCCAAGCAUAAAGAAGCUGUCACUAUUCUUUCUCAGCAGAGAGGGGAAAUUGAAUUUGAAGUUGUGUAUGUUGCUCCCGAAGUAGACUCAGAUGAUGAAAAUGUAGAAUACGAGGAUGAGAGUGGGCACCGCUAUCGUUUAUAUCUUGAUGAAUUGGAGGAAGGUGGAAAUUCUGUUUCCAGUCGAAAAGAUGGAAGUGGAGAUGUCAAAUCAUUACAAGUGUUUGAUAAGAAAGCAAAUAUUGACAGUCAUGAAAAUGGAGACCUAGGAAAUUCUGUUGACACUGAAGAGACUGUAUCUAAGUCUGCUGAGAGUUUAGCCUAAAUAUCGCAGCCCCUAAAUCAUCAUGGGAUUUAUCCUUUCCACAGGAUGGGUUAUAUAAUCUAUUCUAUGUAAUAAAUGCCACAGAAGGUUUUAAAGGACUGUUAAAAGAUAAAGGGAAACUGUAUUGUUGCCUGAAAAAAAACAACAACCCUAUUCUUCUGGUUAACUCAGGGCUUCAUUAUGAGCAAAUAUAAAUGUAUAAAUUUCCCGGUUUUCUAAGAAGUUGCAUGUAAAAUUAAUAUCCAUGAACUGUAAGCACCAAAGCAUGUUUUUACCCCCAAAGGCAUUUCUUUAAUUUUGGAUCGUGUCUAUGGUAAAAGGUACUAGAAUGAUGCAGAAGAACUUAUAACGCUUGUUCCUCUGACAGAUAGCAAAAACAAAGCAUCACAUCCAUUUGCUUCCUUAUUUAUGAAGAAGGUAUGAUUUCUCAGUCAUAUUCCUCAGUUAGCUAGCUAAUUUGAAGUACAUCUUUUAAAAAUCUGACUGGCAAAAAUAUUAUUCUGGAUUGUUACAAUCUACAAAAAAUAUUUUGGAUUGCCACAGUAUACAAAGUAUAUAUUCUGGAUUACCACAAUAUACAAAAAUAAACAUAUGCACACAAAAGCUUAGUUACAUAUUAGUUAAAUCUCUGAAUUAGGAUUUAAUGAUUUUGUUUAUUCAUGGGAUUACAUGCCGUUCAUCCUCCUCUGUUAUUUCCUCCUUUAAAGUUUGUUGUCAAUCAGUGCUGGAUUUGAAAUAUUCUUUAAAAGUAUUAAAACAGAAUAUUAAUAUUAAAAUACAAAAUAAGUGUAAAAUUUGCCUGUUGGCAAAUUAAGUCUGCCCUUGACUUUGGUAUGAGGCUAACAUACAAUCGAUAUUGUUAAGUGGGUAUCACUCUGAGCUGAGUUAGGGUUGAUUCAGAUGCCUAACCUCAAUGUACAGUAUGCAUGAUUUGCAAUCCCCACCCAAUGGUUGUGUGAAGGAGCUCACUAGACUUUAGUUCCAAUGUCAUUUUGACAACAUGCAAAAAUUUGGCUCCUUGAGAACAUGGUAUACUCAGUUUCACACAUGACCAAUUCACAUUAAGAGUGAUUGCAGGGAUUACUGUGCAUUGGGGUAGAAAUGUCUUUCUCAAUUAUUUCUUAGUUUUUGAGAUACUCUUUAUAGGCAUGAAGAAUACAAUUCAGGCAUUUUAUUAACCUCUUUGUAAGAGGAGACAUGACUCCCAAGCAUGGGAGGACAGGAGAAAGCUAUUGCACACAUGUUAUAGCCUGAGCCUGUGGCCAAGUUGUCAUGUCAUUGCUUUAGCACAGGAUUUAUCAUGCCACUGUUCCAUCAACUUUUUGGAGAUUUCUGGUAGUGUGGUAAGACAACAUUAAAAUGACUGCCCACAUUAUCACUGCAGUGAUAAAAAGUGACUGACCACAUGGAGUACCAUAGAGAACCUCCAGUCUGUAUCAACAUUUUUCUGUCCCGUGUUAGGAUCCUCUUGACUGCUGAAACUCUGUGCCAUUAUAACCGUUAUGGGGGGAAAUUCUCUCACUGUGGGUUAGCAAUAACUUGCCAACCAGGUUUGUUGUCAGCAGCCCACACUGUGCUACAUUAAGAGAGUCACAUGAAUUUGCCCUGAAUAAGUGAGAGAGGGAAAUGUGUGUCCUGUAACUUGACACAUGUUACCGUGCCAGAUCAGGCAACAAAUUUGUUACAAUAGACCUAGUACUUUAACAAAAUAACUUUUUUAAAAAAAAGAAAAGCCUCAAAUGUUGCAAAUACCACAGCUGAAGACCCAAGGUAUUUUUUUUAGAAUACACUGAUAUUAACAUGGUUGUCCUGGGUAUGUUCUUCAAUUGUUAUGUAUGUGUAUGUUUGUGUGUGUAUAUAUAUACAUAUGUAUCUUAAUAUAAUGCACACUCUCUAUAUACAAACAAUUAAAAACCAUGUAAUAGCUUUUGUUGUUCUAGGAUAAAGCAUGGAAUGCCUGCUCUCCAUUCACUGUUCUGCAGGCUGUUAAACUAUAACAUGUAAAGAUGUAUUUUGAGAGUGGAAAUAAUGUAAAAUGAAACUUUGUAAGUGUUUUUUUCUAUAGAAUGUACAUACAUGGACAGUGAAAUACUUUUAGUGUAAUAUCAGUUAGCCUAAUGUCCAAUAUUUAAAAAUGUGUUGUUGAGCACAGUUAAACUUGUCUCUUCUAGGUGCACUUAUAUAUAUAUAUAUAUAUAUAUGUUUAUAGAGAAAUCUUUAAAAUGUAAAUACUUUAUGCAAAUAUUUUGCUAUUUAUAAAUUCUUUUAACUGUUGCUCAUAAAAUAAUUUUGUCUGUCAUUCUGCUCAUAUGCUCAUGGAACUGUAUUUCAUUUGCAGUACAUUUUUAUAGCUGUUCUUUUAAUACUGUAUAUUAAAAUAAUUCAAACCGUA